AUGGCAGACAGAAGCAUAAUGGAUGGAUCCCGCAGACAUUCAACUCCUCUGAGAUCUGCUCUUAUCACUGCCUACCCUAAAAGAGGGCUCAAGCUGCAGUCAGUUCAGCAACUCACGGACACCCGGUCACUUGCUAAAGCUCUACCUCAAGGUUCAGUGAGCAAACAUGGUCCUGCUUGCCCACCUCUGGCCCCUGCGAUCACAGAAGCCAAAUUCAUUGCUGAUAUUCAGUCUGAGUUAAAAGCCAGACGCGUAGAAGUCUCCAAACAAAAUCUCUAUAAAUUUUUUGCCCUCGUUCAUGAGGUUUGCCCUUGGUUUGUCCUCACAGCGCCCCGUAUUGCCCAGUCCACUUGGAAAACUGUCGGCCAAGAAUUAACCUCCUUUUGUGAUCAAAAGGAUGACCUCCCCCAUAAAAACCUUAUUCUGCAGUAUUGGCAACUCCUUCAGGGAAUUAUUGUCGAUGCUCCUUUCUCCCCCGCCUGCUCUCUUGCUGUCCAAGAAACCCAGAAAGCAUUGGACUCUGCGUCCCGUUCACAAUCCCGUGCCUUCACCCCUUCUCAUUCCCCUACCAGCUCUCAUUCUGAUCUUACCAAGCCUCCCCUGCCUUCUCCUUAUACUGUUAACCCCUCUCUCUCUCCUACACCCACUGCGCCCCCUCUGGACACUGUCUUUGACCCCCCCCCCCGCGUUCCAUCCCCUGAACCCAUCCAACAGUCCCCAGCAGCUUCACCCCCUUCGCCCCCCACCCUUACCCUUCACCCUUUGCCUUCUCCCUCCCAUUCUGAGCUUCCCUCUGAACUCUCUCCCUCUGCUUUCCAAGCUACCGUCAUCAAACUCUCUGAAGUCCUUGAUAAAGUUCUCCAACGCCUCAUCCCGUGGCUCCUUCGAAACAACCCCUUCCUGACUCUCUUCCUGCCACUGACCCCGCUCCCUCCCUGCUUCCUCCUGCUGAUCCCGGAGCCACUGACACCGCCCCCCCUGCCUCCUCCUGCUGAUCCCGGAGCCCAGUCCCACCGCCCUCACACGAGAUCCCAAAAUCCCCACGACCCCUCACCUUCUUCCUUUGGUGCUACCGCGCCUCCGCCUGCGACUCUCUCUCCCCCAUCUGCUAAUCCUGAUUCUCCGCCAUCUAUUCCUGAAGCACCUCUCGCCGCGCCGCCUGCCCAGCCCGCCCCACCUUUGGUCUAUCAGCAAUAUAUUGAAUAUCAAACCCUGAAUCGCAAAGACCUCCAGGAGCUCAUGAAAUCUGUCCGUGACUAUGGAGUCCAAGCUCCUUACACCAUUAUGUGCUUGGAGGCGAUGUCCUACGGUGGUGCUAUGUACCCUCUUGAAUGGCGCCUAGCUGCCUGUAGCGCCCUUAAGCCCGAACUUUUUGUUUUGUGGGAGGCGGAAUUCACCAAUAACUGUAAAGACCUUGCUAAGGAUGAUAAGCGUUAUUUUCAACAACUCUCCGGUUCUGAGCCUUUUCAUUCCAUUGAAGUACAACAACUCAUUCCCUUUCCUAUCCUCACUAACACCGCUCAGGCCGCCAUGAAAGCGUGGCGUGCUCUCCCUCGCUCCUCUGCCCCCUCUGAACCUCUCUCUCGCAUCCAGCAGGGUGCUGAUGAGCCCUAUCACUUAUUCAUCUCCCGCCUCCUUGAGGCCAUUGAACGCACUGCGGGUAUCCCUCCCUCUGAUUCCUCCCACCCUCUUAUUAAACAAUUAGCCUAUGAAAAUGCUAAUUCCUCCUGCCGUGCUUUACUUAAAUCCCACUGGCAGAGUAAAUCCCUCCAAGAUAUGAUUUCUUUGUGCAAAGAUGCACAUUCCUUUGCACAUCAGGUCGCCGGCGCCCUCGUGGCCUUCCAAGGUCAGACUAAAGGUAAAACCUGUUUCCAAUGCGGCCAGCCAGGACACUUUUCUGCUCAAUGUCCCCAGCGCUGCGCCCCCACUAUGCAAACUGGUUCCUCCAUGGCACGCCCCUCUCUCUGCCCGCGCUGUCGCAGGGGCAGACACUGGCGCUCUCAAUGCCGCUCUGUCGCAGAUGUGGAAGGCAAUGCCCUUGCCCCCAACCCUAGUACUCAUGCUUCUCAGACCUCCUCUCAGAACAGUUUUCAGGGAAAUGGCCGCAGGGGCCUCCCCCAGGCCCCGCGCGCCCAGCCUCGUCAUAUCAAUUUUGUUCCUGCAACGGGGGACCACUCAUCAGGAACACCCUCAGUUCCCUCUCAGGUGCUUUAUCAGCACCAAUCUACCGCCCCACAGCCUCCUCCCUUAUCAGGGCCACCCCAGGCUCUGCAGGGCUCGAUCUCAGUACCUCCUCCCCUCACUUAUUAA